CUUGAAAUGGACCCGACACGACCGCAUCGGCAAUCGUCGUCCUCUCUCUCUCGGGUUUUGGUGAGAGCAGCUGGAACUCCAAGAAAGCCGAUGCGGAAGCAAUCUGCUGCCACCAUAAAAAUCCGUUCUCUAGGCGCUUCUGUAUGAUCUCUUUCGUGGAGCACGAGGGGGGGUAUUUGGAUUUCGUUGCUCUGUUCUCUUCAGAUGGAGCAAGCGUCUAAGGACAGCACGAACGGGACUCUGCAGGGCUUCUCGCGAGUGACCGAUGCUCCAGUUCUUUGGAAAUCUCAAAAGAGAUCAGCAGAUGCCUGGAAUUUAGACAAGACCAUGGCAGACACUGCUGAUGACACACCUACUAAACAAGAAGAGAGGAGGAUGGAGGAGAAAACCCAGGAUUCGACACCACUCUCUGUUCUUUCUGGGAAGCGCAAGGCUCUGUUUGAGCCAUUAGAACCGAUAAAUGAUAUCAACAAUAGAAGACUAUCGGCAGAAUCCCUGCUCCCACCACCAGAUUUCGACACUGCAAGCUAUCCACGCGGCUGGCUAGUUGGAAAGAAGCGCAAACUAGUUAAUGUGGAUGUUGUCGAAAGCAUGAGAAGAAUUGCCAUUCAAGAGAUGAACAGAAAGGACCGGGAAAUUGUUGUUCUAAAUGAGCAGCUGGAAGAGGACUCUCGGGUACUGGAACACCUUCAGCUACAGCUCCUGGAGGAAAAGAGGAAACGUGUGGAAGUAGAGAGGGAAAAUGCAAUGCUGCAGGAUCAAAUAUCGAUGCUGAUGAAUAUGAUACAGGAGAAUGACCCGAUAGAUGAAGAAAGGCAAGGCGAGCCAUAAUCAAUGAGUCUUUGUUGAUAAAUAGUUUUCUCAGUUCUGCAUAAAUCUUGUUUAGUAUUCAUCUUAUAUAGCUAAAAUCGGCUAUUCAAAUGGUAGUAGUAUCAUCAGUGGAUCCUCGUGCAUAUCAUAUCUCUAGUGAGCUUGAAUAUGCUCAACUCUGGUGGUAGUCCAAACCUACAUCUAUCGAGCUGUUGAUUUGUGUAUUCUGUACCUGGUUUCAUUGGAUUCCAUGUAAAUAUUGAAAGCACAAGUUAAGUUGUUAGUUUCCUAUGGAUUAUCGUACUUCUAUCAAACAACAAGCAAGAUAGAUCAAA